AUGGCCAUCCCACGGCUUGACAUGCACAAGCAGACGAACAAGGAAGUCCAAUGCCUGCUGGACUAUAGAGUUGUGUACCUCUUGCACUCUGUGAAAGAAAACCCCAGUGCAUGUACAAGCAAGUAUUUGGCUGAUUACACACCGAGUGGCGCAAAUGGUGGUUUCUUCGCAGCAUGGCCAUCAUCCCUCAUCUUAACACCGGUGCCAGAUGGUGCUGCCGAGCGCAAACCUCUUGUACCGGUCCCACCUCAAGUGACGGCCACAAGCGUGACACCUCACGGGAUAGUAUGCACACCCUUCGACCCGGCGAUUCUUCAUAGGGGCAUUGACAUCGCAGGGCCCUGUGCGCCCAGUAUCAACCAGUGUGAGUUGUCAGCACACGGCAGCAGUGCUAGAGCUGCAGACUUUGCCGCUACCGGUGAGCCCAUCAUUCAGCAGCUGGGCGAAGGAGGGGCCAGCAGUGGCCAGGACAUGGCUGCCCAGAGGAUGCCCAAGCCCUUUGCCUGUCACGUCUGCCCCAUGAGCUUUGGCUUCCACUCCCAGCUUCAGGUACACCUGCGGUCACACACGAAGGAGACACCGUAUCGAUGUCCGCACUGCUUCAAGGGCUUCUCGCAGAAGGGCAACUACAACCGACACAUGCGGAUCCACAUGUCAGGAGAGGUAGCGUAUCGAAGCAACGCGGACGUUUAAGGUCGGGACUCGCUCUUUCCCCGCGUUGCAGGGACAGGGAGUGCAGUGACGUGAAGUGCUUCGCCUAGUCUUGCCGGUGCUUCCGUGCCAAGAAAAUUAAGUUGCUUGACAACAUAUUAGAAUGAGAGAGCUUCCCCAUGCGUCUGAACAGAAGGUAGUUUCACACUUUCUGCUCAGAUGUCUGAAAGCGGCUGAACUGAUGGACACUCACCUUCAUGCCCUGGAAUGAGACGCCCAGACCCAGACUAGCAGGGAGAGGUUUUUUGCACUUGAUCUCACCCCCGCUUCUCUCUGCACAUGGGCCACGUGGUAUUCUAAGGCGCUGUUAUCCUAUUUGAGGGGUCUACGAUAUGGUAGAACUUGUCCCUGGCAUGGUCUAGUGGUUAGGAUACCUGGCUCUCACCCAGGAGGUCCGUGUUUGAUUCCCGGUGUUGGAAUUAUUAUUAUUAUUAUUAUUAUUUUGCUUAGUACGCAUUGACGGGGUUAGGUUAGGUUAGUUUAGGUUAGGCCAACGAUGCGCCAAACAGACGGUCUCACUGCCCUCCUCCCUUCCACGGAAGAUCUCGCGCCUCAAUCGCUAUAGCAAUGCGGUGCAUGCACAGAGAGCAGUAGUGGUGAGAUCAAGUGCAAAAAACCUCUCCCCUAGUAUACCAGGCAUAGUUGUGCUAGAAGCAACAGAAUCAUGAUCACCACCACCACCACUACGUUGGCCACCUAGAGUGUGUCGAAAUGUCUGUUCAUUUUGGACAUGCCCCACAAGACUGUGCAGUGACAAGCAACGUCCAGUGGUACACCAUGUUCGUGCUCAAGUAACUGCAGGCAUAUGUCAGAUGUGCAUUGAACAUUCUUUUCUGGAUAUUGUAGAUAUCCAUUGGGCAUUGCUGGAUGUCUAGCGCUUGUAGAAUGUUUAAUGUUAGUUGUGUUGUAUAUCUGUGGACAUUGUUACUGCCGGCGAGCGUGCGAUUUUCCGAGAUUGCGUGAAAAAGGGUAAUUCGGAUUUUUUUAAGACAAAGAAGCACUGCUUCACCUUCCAUGGGCUCUCGUUAUGUUUUGGCCCGUUCAUAUAGCUGUAAGAAGCAUGUGCAAUCACACACCAAAGAGACUGCUAUGAUUCCCUUCUGCUUCUAGGGUUCCACCCAGAAAAACAGCUACAACUACCAUGUGUAUGUCCACAUGUAACAGGAAGGCAGUGUGUGAUUAACUAAACAAUAGUGCAGGUGGCGUGCCAAGAUGUUGCUGCUUUCUUGAACUCACUCUGCAACAGUGUGUACAGUGAUGAUUUGUAUAAAGAACACCCAGUGAAUUGCUUGGACUAUGACUACUGGUUGCAUAAAUAUUCAAGCUUUACCCUGAGAA